AUGGCUGAUAGGAGAUUAAAGGAAAACAGGAAAUUGUUUGUUGACUCAGUAUCUGAGGACACACUUCACAACUUGCUGGAUGAUGUAUUACAAGAAAAAGUGCUGAACCAAGAGGAGAUUGAAAAGGUGAAAAAAGGAAAUAUUACAACCAUAGCCAAGGCCCGUGACUUGAUUGAUUCCGUGAUUUGCAAAGGUUCUCAUGCCUGUCAAAUAUUUAUUGACCACAUGUGCCAGAGAGAUUCCAACCUUGCUAACAAGUUGGGAUUUUCUUCAGGUAAGAUUCCUAAUUUCUCAAAAAUAAUAUUAGCAGUGAUUAAUAAUUAG